UUGAUCGAUAGCCCAGAUAACAGGUCUUGUUGCCUUGGUGAUGUACCAUUUAGUCUGGCCUGGCCUGGGCAAAAAACCUGUUCUACCUGUUGUCAGACCUUUGCCGUACGUGCACCCACUCAGCUGAGACACAGUCCCGGCGAAAAGCGAAACUUAGAGGGAGAGAGCAACGCAUUCUGCAUCAUGAGACUCCCAAACGGUGGAAGUGUUUACCUCAUUGAUCCUUCAGAGCUGCAUAGGCCUGAGCCAAAAUACCAGGACCUCAAUGCUGAAAAACGGAUGAACAGAGACAAAACACAGUUCAGAGAUUUUGAGAAUACAGAACAAAACAACCUCCAGGCAGAGAAAGUGAAAGAGACAUACUACAAAAUGCACACAGAACAGACAUUCCAAAAUGUUGAAAUGAAGAAAGAAAAAUGGUGUAAACUUGAUAAAGCAGAAAUGACAAUUUUGGAAGCCAUUAUGAUGCUAGAUGAAUUGGUGGAUGAAUCUGACCCAGAUAUUGACUUACCAAAUUCUGUUCAUGCUUUUCAAACUGCUGAAAGGAUCAGGGAACGCUACCCAGACCUAGAUUGGUUUCAUUUGGUUGGGCUUCUUCAUGAUGCUGGCAAGGUAAUGGCUUUGUGGGGUGAGCCACAGCAUUUUGUUGUUGGUGACACAUUUCCACUUGGAUGCCAAUUUCAGGAUUCCCCAGUCUUUUCAAGGUUCUUCAGGGACAACCCAGACUUCAACCAUGCUGUUUAUAGUAAGAAGUAUGGUUGUUAUGAACCAAACUGUGGUCUAGACAAUGUAAUGAUGUCAUGGGGACACGAUGAAUAUAUGUACCAAGUGCUUGUCAGAAAUAACUGUACCGUCCCAGUGGAAGGGCUGUACAUGGUCCGGUAUCAUUCAUUUUACCCGUGGCACUCUUCUGAUGAUUAUGAUUAUCUCUGCUCUGAUAAAGACCGGAGCUUGUUAAAAUGGGUCAGAAUGUUCAAUGAAUUCGACCUGUACUCCAAAAGUGAUAGCCUUCCAGACAUUGAAGCAUUGAAGCCGUACUACCAGUCUCUGAUUGACAAGUAUUGCCCUGGAAAGUUGAAAUGGUAAUUUCACUUUAAUCUUUGUGGGUAAAUAAUAUAAUAUGAAUCAUUAGCAAUAUAAAAUGUUGUGCAUAUAUUAGCUUAUUAUUUAAUCUUUUUUAUAUCCUUUAAUUGUUUUUAUGUAUUAUGGUGAAGUUGCACCUUUAUAAAAAGUGGGAGAAAACCUAUUUAAACGUAUAAGUAAUAUUUUUCGAUACCGUUUUGCUGUUGUCAUAACUGGAUAUGAUGAUGUAGUCGGUGAAUAUUGAUUAGCAUAAAAAAUAGCAGUGCAAUUGCUGUUUAGUGUCCAGGAUUUCUACAGGGGCUUUUCAUUAGCUGUGUCGGUGAUAGUGAAAGUCCACAGGUGCUUACAUAUGAAUACACGCCUUUUGGUAGAUAAGACUCUUUUCACUUAUCAUCAUUUUAACCGAAUAACAGGCUGGUUUUAUCCCGUCAGAUAGUGUUUCAGUCGUUUAAUUCAAAGGUGUGUUUUUGACUAAAAGCUUCCUUGAACCAGAGGAGAAAAUGCUCCCGGUUCUUGCCAUUUUUACUUCUGUCAUUUAUGAUGUAGGCUACCCCUCUAUCUUACAAAUCAAGAUUUGAAGUCCUGAUUCAAAGUCUUUUUUAAAGGUCCAAAGUCCCUUCUUUUUUUAGUGCUAAUAAAGUUUGAUUUUGCAAGAAAACGAACUUUACCAGUGAGAUAUCAAAUAUUACGAUUAGAAUCCCUGUUGUUUAUGCUGGAAGCAACUGGGUUAAUGAAGUCUCGAUCUUGUUUCUUUCGCUGACAUAGACAAAUUUCAAACCCCCCCCCCCCUCCCUUCCUCCUUUCGGUAGAGCAUUGGUGUUGGUUUUUAAACGUUUUUUCUGUUGUCACAGUCAGUGUGUGUCUCGUUGAUUCUUUUUGUCGUUAUUCAUUUAAUCAGCCUUGCUACCCUUCAUACGCAAUAACCUUCUGAAUCUCACGCAUUUCUCUUCCCUAGUGUUAAAGCAUAUUACAUCUAUAUUUAUAAUCGUAGAUUUGCCGUUUGUAAGCGUCAUAAUAUUUAUACGUAGAAAUAGUUUGUUGUAUACAAUGCUUUUUUUUAAAUGUAUUUUUGCAUUUGAGAUCAUGCAGUGGAAUUCCCUAUUUAACAAGUAUGCAAAGAAAACGAA